AUGUCAAGAGUAAAGAGGCCAAUAGCCUCGGGCAAGCCUUUGCGGAGAGAUCCCCUGGCUUCUCUGAAAUUGGCAGAUAUGCUCAUAUCAAAACCAACUCUUCCUGCAGAGAUUCUGACUGCAGUGGUUGACUACCUUGAUGUACCCGAUCUACUUCGCUUCGCGCGGACCUCACGUCGCAUGCACGAUAUGGUCUAUGAUGACGCAAGAUGGGUUUACCGACUGAGGAAGAUGGACUGUUGGAAUGAAGCAGAUGCAAGGAAAAGGAAAGAGCCUGGCAAAACACCCAUAACUCCUGGUGGAAGACCGAGCAGGAUAGAACCAAAUCUGGUGAACGGCAAGGGUAGACCAGAAGUGCUAUUCGACGUUGACUCUUCUCCUGUCGUGCAACGACGGCAUUCGAGUCUGCUUUCACCGCUUCGUCCACGGCAGGCAGCUGCUGAUGGUUUCGAUGUGGCUGAACUGGCAACUCCACGGGCACUGAUAUCCCCGGGGCUACCGGUCGAUCCUGCAGAAGCACUGUCGGUGUUUCAACGGGUCAAGUCAGUAAGGGGCCAGGCUAGGCAAGAGUAUGGCAGGAUUUACAGACUUCUUGCGCCGUACUAUAUUGAUUUGUACUCCGCAUCACAGCCCAUGGGAAGUCGCAUUUUCAAGGACUUUUCUGUACCGGAGCAACAGGCGCAACUUUUGGCAAACGUACGGACUUUCUCCGCAAGCGACUUCUCACCAGAGUCGGGAAGCCGAGCCCGGCGGAUCAUGGAAACCGUGGAGCGAUUUGAUACUGCAGCCUUGCUGGAAUUUCGACAAGGAUACGAGUAUAAAGACAUUCGGGGUCAAAUGCGGCAGUACGCACGUGUCAUGCAUAUACUGAAUGGUGGCAAGAGUGGCGUGGACCUAUUCUUGCAUGACAACAAGCUCAUCAAUCAGAAGGCUGCGCUAGGAAGUGUGUCCGAUUGUAUCGACUAUUCUCUAGGUCAUGGAGAACUGUCCCUUGAGAAGGUGAAUGCCUACUUCGGGAGACUGGGAGAUGCUCUCAGCCAGGAAAAUAGCAUCGUUGAAGCUGUAUUUCCAAACGCUAGGGAAGUAUCCCUAUUACUGCUCGAGGAGGUAGCAAAGGAGAUCCUUGCGCCAUUUCUGUCACAUCUGUUUGAGGACGCGCAGACACGAAGUACGUCAACAUACCUUCGAAUCAUAUCUGGAACAUUCGCAGCAACGAGUCAAUUCAUAGAGGAUUCUGCUCUGGAAGGCGCGGAAGAGUCCACCGUAGCGCGACGUAAUGCGAUUCUCGCUCAGAUAUACGGACAGCAUCUGGAGAAAUACCUGACAGAGGAAUUGGCCUUCUUCCGACAAAAAGCAGAUGCGGAAGUCGAAAGGUGGGACCGAGCAUUAUCGGAACAAGCAGCUUCUACUGAAAGCUAUCUCAUGUCCAACGUCAAUCGCCAAGCUGACAAGAAGGAUUUCAUGUCAACUUUCAAGCAAGUUCUUAUGAUGCCCGUCAAUAUCCUUCCGAGCUUCUCCGGUGCAUCUAGCGUCAAGCCAGCCGCCAAAACCCAUAUCGAUGGUGUUGCCACUGUCUCAUCCAGACCAAGUACGCCGAAUCCAUCCGCAAUACGCGCGGUUACUCCUUCGUUUACGCCCGAAGCACCAACCAACGAACUCGCCGCCAAAGCAGCCAUCAUGAAUACCAAACUCGAAAACAUCCGGUCUCUGUUUUCCAUUGAGAUAGCACUCAAUCUUGUUCACGCCGCAAAGUCGUCGCUCGAACGUGCCGCGCAAUUCACUAGGCUUGCAGGCGAGCCAGGAGAGUCGGCACGUAAGCAAUGUUCGGCUAUCUUUGUUCUCCUGCUUCAUUCCGUGGGCGUACGGCACGUUAAAGCUGGGUUUGACAAAGCUAUCAAUCAUCUGUCAAACUAUAAUCCUCGUGACACAAACUCCAAUUCCGACACCGAUACAGUCCAGGUUGCUCCACUUGUAACGUUCCUGGAAUUAGUCAAUGUCGGUGACCUUAUUCAGCAAAUGCUGGACGUCUUCUACGAAUCCGAGCUCGUCCGACUGGGAAUUUCGAAACGCGACGACUUUCUCGAUGUCAACAUCAAGGAGAAGCGCAAGUUUGAAGCCAUGCUCGAUGAGCGUGUAGCCGCCGGUUUGGGUAAGGGCAUCGACGCGCUAAUGGAUGAGGCCGAAUACAUCUGUGCGACCACUCAAUUGCCUACGGAUUUCUAUCCCGAACUUGCCCAUGCCGACGCCACGAACGGAACCAAACCCGGUGCCAAUGCCAUGGUCAUGGACUUCUCAGGCCAGCCCACCACGACAGCUUCGCGCGUGAUCGCUCUCGUUUCGCAUCAUACAGGCAUGCUGACAGGCGCGACGGAGAAGACGCUCCUCGACGUGUUCACGGCGGAAGUUGGCCUACGCUUGUUCUCUGUCUUGACGAAACAUAUCAAGCGGCAGCGUAUCUCGACGCUCGGUGCGCUAGCGUUGCUUUCUGACCUAACGGCGUACGCGAAUUUCGUGGCGCAAUUCAAGAACAACGAUCUAAUCAGCUACUAUACCGCCUUGAGGGAGGUCGCACAGAUCUAUCUGAUUGGUGGUGAGAGUGAGCGCGACGUUGCGGAGAUGGCGACCAUUAUUUCGGACGCCGAGAGGUACAAGGGCGUGUUCACGGUGGAAGAGGUGGUUGAAUUUGCUGAACGGCGGAGUGACUGGUUGCUCGUCAAAGGUCGCGUCGAGGGUAAAGUGAAAGGCGAUGGAUGCGUGGUAAUGUAG